AUGAAUAAAUUAGUUCUGAUUUUUUCAUUAUUGAAUUUCGUGGCUAGUGAAAUCGUUGAUUGGAAGGUAAAGUUUUGAAAAAUAACUGGCUGUAAGCAAAUAUCGAACAGAAAUUAGAAAAAUGAAUUGCAGAAUUUUCCAAUUGUUCAUAAUAUUUCAAGACAAUGUUCGGAUGAUAUUAAAACUUGGAAAAAAUCUCUCGAGAUUUUCGAAUUGGUAGGAGCCCAAUGUAUUCUGGCUCAGAAUUGUACAUCGUCACAACAAGCAGUUCUCAAGGAUAAUCUUUAUGCUGUUCAACGUAAUAUGCUUCUUAUUUUUUAGUGAUUCAUUUUCAGGAAUUUUACAGAAUUGGAUGCAUUUGCAAAAUUUCCAUCUCCUGGAAUUAUCGAAAUGACAGUAAUAAAUAGUGGAUCACCAAUGGAAUGUGAACGAAUAAAUGGUAUAAAAUAUGAUACAAAUUAUUGUUAUCUAGACAUUUAUCCAAAAACAAACAAAAAUAUAUCCUCAUUAAUAUUUUAUCGCUCUGCUGUUUGUAUGCCAAAAUCAUGCGAUUCUGAAGAUCUCAUUCAAAUCUACAACACUUUUCAUCCACAUUUUCUUGAAGCUAAACACGUGUUUUGUGCAAAACGAGAUAUUCCAAAAGAUUUUGCAUUUUGGGCGUUUACUGUAUUUCUUGUCAUAUGGGUAACAAUUUCUAUUUGUUCAACAAUUUUUGAUUUCAUUCGGGAUAAUUAUUACAAUUUGAAUAGUGCUAACGAGAAGAGUCGUUUGAAUCAAAUUAUACUCGCAUUUUCGUUUUGGACAAAUGCUGGAACAAUUUUAUCUGUAAAGGAACAUAAACCGGGACAUAUAAAAUCGCUAGAUUGUAUUCGAGCAUUAUCAAUGUCUUGGGUUGUUUCAGGUCAUAGUGCAAUAUAUACAGUAAUCGGAGGUUUGUUAUCAGUAAUCUAUCAUGAAUAAUAAAAUUAAAUUGAUUGUUUUUUGUUUUUUAGAAGCUUUUUUGCCAAUCGAACUUGUUUCUCAUAAUAUUUGGAAUCAUAUAAUAACAAAUGCUGUCAUUGCUGUCGAUUCGUUUUUUCUUAUAUCUGGAAUUGUUCUAUCUUAUAUGUUUUUCAAACAAAAACCAAAAAGUAGAAUGAUGAAAAAUCCUCUAACAUGGAUAAUGUUCUAUGUUCAUCGAUAUCUUCGACUAACUCCUCCAAUUAUGAUUUUCAUCGGAUUCUUUACUGUUUAUUUUGGUUAUAUUCAAGGCCCGUUUGCAGCAUCUGUUGGAAGUAAGAAUCUAUAAAUCUAUAUUUUUUGAAUUGAUUUUCUUGUAGAUUUUAAUGCAUAUGAAGUGAAACAAUGCCAAGAGGGUUGGUGGAGAAAUCUGAUUUAUAUUAAUAAUUUCAGUAAAUCUGAUUUUUUAUCUUGUUACGGUAUAACUUGGUAUCUUGCUGCUGAUACUCAAUUAUAUUUGAUCGCCCCAAUUUUCAUAUUUGCCUUGUAUUAUUCCUUCAAAUUAGGAUUUUUAUUAAUAGCUGCUGCUUGUUUCACUAGUAUUGUUCUAACGUAUUUAGCUUAUUAUUCAAUUCCAAAUAUGGCUGCUGAUAUUAUGAUUAUUGAGUAAGUAGAAAACGUAUCUUUUGUUAUCGUAUUUUUGUUUUAGUGCAAGUGGCGAAUUUGCUCGAAACUAUCAACUUCCUUGGAUUCGUUGUACUCCUUAUUUUGUUGGAAUUCUAGCUGGAUAUAUAAUUGGUGUUCUUUCUCGUCGAUCAACAAAACCAAAACUUCAUUUGAUUCUGAUAAUUGUUUUCUGGAUAAUCGCUUUUGGAAUUGGUUGGGCUUGUAUGCUUUCCAAUUAUACUUAUGAUAAAUACAACAAUUGGACAUGGUUUGACAGGGGAACUUAUUAUAAUUUUUCUCGUUUUCUAUGGUCAAUUGCUGUUAGUUGGGUUAUAAUAGCAAAUCAUUUUGGAUGGGGUGGCCCAAUUAAUAAUUUCAUGUCUCAUCCAAUUUGGCAACCAUUUGGUCGAUUAUCUUAUUGUGCUUAUAUUGUUCAUUGGGUUGUACUAUUUUAUUAUGUCAAUCUUGGAGAACGUCCUCUUAUUCUUUUUUCAAUUUUUUCAAAACGUAAGUUUUUCGAUCUGAAAUUUAGAUGAAACAUAUAUUUUUUAGUACAUGUAUUAUGGAGUACCAGCAUCUGUUUUUUCAUUCAUUGCUGCAUUUUUCUGGAGUUGUCUUUUCGAAAUGAGCACUGCAAAACUGGAGAAAAUUUUGAUUGAAUCGAUCAUGAAUCGAGCGAAACCAAUUGCGGAUGAAAAUAAAACAUAA